AAUAGCUUUACAACACCAAAAGUUGCACCGGAACUGAGCGACCGACUCUUCCAGUUUCAUUUUCGACCGAACCCGAUAGAUUGAUGCCCAGAAUCGAAACCAAGCGGCUGGACGGUUUCCGUCUGGAGGAGCCCGCAGAGCCGCCGCCGCGGAGGACCAGAGACACGAGUCUCAACCAGAUUCCUCCUGUUUUCUGUCAUUUGCUGCGUCAUUACGAUGGAGCCCUACAACGCUGUAGCUAAACUUCACGAAUAUGCGCAGAAAAAUCGUCUGUUGCUGAAUUAUGAGGUCCUCGGUGUUGAAGGCCCCGACCACAUUAAAAAAUUCACUCAGAGAGUUGUUCUAGAUGGCAAAAAGUAUCCAUGUGGUGAGGGGAAAAGCAAGAAGGAUGCCAAGCAAAAUGCUGCUCAUAAUGCCCUGAAAUGUCUGUGUGAAGAUGGACAUCUGGACUCUGCAGAGAAUUUAGCAGAAUCUGUUGGUCAGACAGAUAUCAACUACAUAUGUUGGCUUAAUCAGUAUGGACAGCGGAACGGCGUAACUGUGACGCCUGUGGAGACGACAAAACUUGGAGCUACUAAUGCAAUUCUUUUACCUAGGUGGUGUAAGUUUGUGGUUGGGGAGACAGAAUACCCAGAGGUGUCUGGAAAGACGAAGAGGGAGGCCAAAGAGGAAGCAGCCAAACGGGUGUAUGAUAUUAUAAACUGUAAUGGAACUGCAGAGACCUCAAAUGCAACAAGUCGACCAAAUGAGAAAUUCCCUAAAAGUAUUUCAGACGUUUGUGAAAACACUGGAAGCUUGAGCAUGGACCCUGCAGACAACAGCUUUACAAAGACAAACUUCAUUGGGAUGAUUUAUCACUACUGUCAGAAAAAAAACUGCCGUCCUUCGUUUAUAGAAGUAGAGAGAAGAGGUCCGUCUCAUGAUCCCUGUUUUUCCUACAAAUUAGUAAUAGACAAGAAGGAAUACCCUGUUGUUGAGGGCAAGAGUGUUAAAGAAGCCAAACAGAAUGCAGCUAAAUCCGCCUGGUCUGUUCUUCAGGAACAAUCCGAUUAUGACAGCAAGGUGUCUGUCAGCUCAUCUGAGGGCGAUGCAGGAAUUUCAUCACCAACACAGUCAACUCAAAAAGACUCUAGUGAAUUAUCACAAAACACGAGUGACUCGGUGAUAUUUGCUGACUCAGUAAAGCCUCCCAGCAAGCAGGACGUCAAAAGUAAAGCUACUGAACCUGCAGCUUGUACACCAGCUGAGCCAAGGUUUAAAUCAGAUUUUGAAGUCACCGGGCCACUUGGCAGAGGAGGCUUUGGUCGAGUUUACACAGUAAAGGAAAAACUGUUGGGCAAGAAUUACGCCGUGAAGAUUGUUCGCAGCACAAAAAAAGCUUUGCGAGAGGUGAUCGCAUUAUCGGACCUCCUGCACACCAACAUUGUUAGAUACUACAAUUGUUGGGAAGAAGAUUCAAGAUACCAAGAUGAGGACUUCAGUGUCAGCUCCUCUGACUCUAAGAGUAGCUCGUGUCAACAAUACCUCUACAUUAAAAUGGAAUUAUGUAAACAAGAGACCCUUAGAGACUGGAUACAAGAGAAGAACAUUAAUGAUCUAAAAGGCCCACAGAGAAGAGCAGAAGGUCUUCCUAUUGCCCAGCAGAUAGUCAGUGGAGUCGAAUGCAUUCACUCCAACAACCUCAUUCACAGAGACCUCAAGCCUGCCAAUAUAAUGUUUGGGAGCGACGGAACGGUGAAGAUCGGAGACUUUGGUCUGGCCACAACUGAUACAGAUGAGAAUGAUGAAAACCUGCUGGAGAAGACUAAAGGAACUGGAACCAGAUCUUACAUGGCUCCGGAACAGAAGACCGGUAAAAAAUAUGACCGUAAAGUGGACAUGUUCGCUUUUGGGUUGAUCUUCUUUGAGCUUCUUUGGAAGCUCUCGUCCGGCCAUGAAAGAGUCAAGAUUUGGGAUGGCGUGAGGCAGAAGAAAUUUCCGUCACAGUUUUUCCUGACUUUUCCACAAGAGGAUCUAAUAAUUAAAUUGUUGCUGUGUGAGGAUCCAGAGAAACGACCGGAAGCAACGGCCCUCAAGUCUGAGCUGGAAAAGUUAAACGCAUCCGAACGUUUAAAUCGGGAGAGUCGCACCGUCUGACUCAUCGGCGUCAGCUUUUAUCCUCCUGAAGAGGACAAAUACAGAUGUCGGGGGUUUGGUCGUCUGUGGGGAAUGUCGUUUAUUUUCGAUGCACUUUGAAAGCACUUGAAUCAUGAGCUUUGCAGAAAAUGAACAAUCACAAUUAAUCAAACAUGUGAAAAACAAACUACAAAAUGUGUUUAUUUAAAAGGUGUGCUAUAGUUAGGAUUACUUUAGCCUUGUGCAUUUUAACAAUUUAACAGUGGGUCUUUUAUUCUUGUCUGAAAAGGUUGGGCUACAUGUGAGUGCUUUAAGACCAAGAACUGUUGUAUUCAUAAGAGUUUUAUUACAAGUUAGUACUUAAAUUCAUUAUCUAUGAGGAAGCUUAGCCCACGGUGCAAAAAUCUAGUUUGGACGUCCUACAGACGUGGUCUGGACCGACGGGCUCAAUAUAGACAUGAUCUGCACAUCCAUGCAACGUUUGCAGGGUAAGAAUGUGUUCUAAAAAGUGUUUGGUCUAAAGUGGUCAUUUGCUUUAAAGCUGCUAUAGCAAUUUUGGAAAACAAAUUAGCUUAAAAAAAUUUUUGUACCUCUUAACAACGUUCUAACAUAUAGUUACAAAUAUAUUGUGGAGAUAAAAAAACACGAAGAAAAUGAAUGAAGUGGCUCUCUCGCAUUUGUCUAAAUACUUCCGCCAAUAGUUGCGUUCGGACCAAAAACAACUAUUGGACCAUCCGGUUGUUAGUCUGGCCUAACCGCCUCACUUCCAUGGGUCCUCCAUUCAUUACGCACUGGCGUUUUUAGCAACAGAACAUCACUGGUGUGAGAGGUUCUCCUCCAGCUGGCUGCUACCACUUCAACUUUAGGACAAACUAUUAAUCCCACAUAGAAAAAAACAUUUAAAGACACAGACAACAAAAGACGUUUGGACCUGUAAAACAGCGACUGGUGUUUAGCACUAUCUCGUUUCCUCCGGCAUCGUGGGUCUUUGGUUCCGGCAGAAGCGUCUCAGGGAAUACAUGCGAGGGGAGGGGUUCCGUGACCGUGUUUGCGUUCAAAACCUAGCUUGUUCUGUAAAUUUGCUAAAGCAGCUUUAACGGUUGAUAGCAUUUUUUUAUCUUAAUGGUGAUGUGUUGAGCAAAUCAAUUAAUAACCCAAGGAAUUUGUGACAAUUGUCAAACAUAACCGUUAAACCGUAAGAGUGUAUAAACCUUAAAGUGUCUAGAUGGCGUAUCGGAACUAGUACCUUCAUCAAAAACCAGCCAUAUCUAGUCCUAUACAUGUAUACUGCCCUCUGGUGGAGGAUGCACACAGGUGGUGAGGGCCUAUUUUAUUUUAAUAAUAAAAUAAAACGUAUUUAUAUUUUUUUAUGUCAGCAGCCAACAAAUGGUUAAUUUUAGAAAAACUAGAUAUUAUAUUUAUUGCUUUAUAUUUGAGACUUGAAGAGGUUAAAUAUGGGUUGAGUUAAAUACCUGUAAUGUACCUGUUAAUGUACCUGGUACAUGCCUUAAACAAGCUGACAGAUCGGCUUUACAAAUUUAAAAUGAUUUGCCAUUUCUUACCACGCUCUUUGUAGCUUGAAGACUGUUGGCUAGCCGUGUUCACAUAACUGUAGGUUGGAGCGUUUGUGUUCUUUUCUUUAUAAGGCUAUAUAAAGUGAACUGCCCCCUACCUAUGUUCCCUCUUGGCUCCUAAAUCCAUCAACAGAAGUUAUAAUAUUAGAUUACAUGGCCAUGUUAUGUAUGAAACUCCUCAAAUGAACUGGCUUUGGUGAAAAUGCCUUAAAAGUUGUUGAACCCUCAUCUUGAUUUAAAUUGCUGAGUCAUUUACCAACAAUGGCUUAUUUUUGAUCCAGAAUAAGAGUUUUUAAUUACAAACUGCACAUGUCUUGGUACUAAGGGCUGCUGGUGAUCAUGUUGUGAUCAUAUUGUAAAAUUUGCACUGUACUUUUUUUUUCUUAUGUUGUUGUUGUUGUCUUUUGUUUUGAGACUAUUUAGAUGCUGUAUUGGCCCGGACUCUUGCUAAAGAGAUUUUGAAUCUCAGUGAGAUUACUCUUGGUAAAACAAAAGUCAAAGCAUUUUGAAUGUACAGAAUGAUGACUGUUAUGGAGGGUUUUUUUUCUCUCAAUAAUAAACUUCAUUUAAAGAUCUUUA